AUGGUCACGAGAGCUGUGCAUUUGGAAAUCGUCAAUAGUUUGAGCGCCAUAGACUUUCUCAAUGGUCUACGUCGAUUUAUAGCAAGAAGGGGAAAGCCAGUGCUCAUAAUUUCCGAUAAUGCAACAAAUUUCACUUUAGGAUGCGAAAUAAUAGCAAGACUAAAACUAGCGAUAAAACUCGAUUCAACCGUACUGCAAAUACAGAGGGAGGCAAUUGAAUUCAAAUGCAACGUAGCAGCAACCGCAUUGAGCGGCUGCUACAACUGCUACAAAGGGGCAGUGGCCACAAUAGACUGUUCAGCAGACACGCCACGAGCAACCGCGCAAGCAACGUGCGGCCAUCAACAGUUCGUGCUCACAUGCACACGCGAGGGGAAGGAAAACCAAAUACGGCUGUUUUUCAAUAAAGCGCGCGUGAGGGAACAAUGUCGCGUCCGAUGCGGCACUCAAACAACGAUUCUAGAAAUAUACGGAACACUCAACUACAUCAACGGAAUGAGACCGUUCUGGAAAUAUACGAAGCUGUGGAAUAACUCAACACAAGCUGAUCAAGACAGUUUUACAAUCGAAUGGGAAUUCCCAGACAUAGCCCAUUUCAUUGACGUCUGCAGAUCGUUCUACAUCUAUACAGUAGUCGUUCUCAUAAGCUUACCCGCAGCCGCCUUUAUCGUAGCUUCCUAUCUCUGCGCCGCCAAAACAACGACGACACGAACAGCUUCCACGGCUUCAACACUCCCAUUCCUGCUUGUCCCGGCCUUCGUGCUCUGUUCUCUUUUCAAAAUUUCUCAGCGCAUUGUUAGUCAAUAUUUCAAUCUCAAAAUACUGAAACAGGAAUACUUUCAAUUACUUACUUCGUUCCUUCCUGUGCUUGAUUUCGCGAACUUUUCGCUGUUGAGCGGCUGGAAGCGAAAGGAGAUGGAAAACCAGGACGAGGCUAUUCAAGCUAUGGAAGAGGUCGAGGAAGAAAUCCCCGUUGAACCGGGAAAUGAGGAAGCCGCUGGUGGCAACGAAGACCAGCGCCCGCCGGAACAGGAACCCCAACGUCCACCGAGGGUUGAGUACCGCGCCUUGGACGAACCACGCGUACCUCCAGAAGCUGAUGAACUAUCCGCAGUACACAGGAAGGUCAAUCGCAUUCUGGGAAGAAGUGAAGAUAUCCAGCCGAUGAAAAAUCGUCUGGGCAGUGUAUCCAAGACGACACGUUCGAGCAAUAAAAUCAAAAAUGGUCAAUCAUCGAAGAUAGGAACAAAAUCUCUCCGACCAGCUCGACGUGAAGAGACGCUGCUACACGCGAUCGAUCAACGUACAACCACUAUGAAAGCUGUCGUAGAUCGCACGAUGGUCGGGCUCGAGCAAGUGUACAACCAACAGAAGGACAUUCUAAAGGAGCUAGGGGAGCAGAAGGAUAUCUUGAAAAACCUUGCUGCUGCGCCACCGAGACGUCGCUCACCACAGCCCGGUCCGAGUCAUCAGGUAGACGGUUCCAACUCGCAGCAGCUAAAAUGUGCAUUGUGUGAUGGUAACCAUCACGCAUGCGACUGCAAGCGCUUCCGCACCCUUUCUGAUCGUAAACGUAGGCUUGACGAAAGGAAAAGGUGGUGCGAGCGCUGCUUGCUUAAAGGCAAUCACGUAGCGACAUCUUGUCCCAAUCCCAGCUAUUGCUUUUAUUGUAGAAAGGCAAACAGAGACGACGAUCAUCAUAGUGCUUUUUGCCCGCAUAAAUUUAAAUUUUGA